CACGCAGUGACCGGAAGCGGAAGGUGCGGUUUGUUGUGGUUGGAGUUCUGAGUGUGAAACAUGUCGAGUCUGGAGAAACACUUGUUUAAUCUUAAGUUUGCUGCAAAGGAACUUUCCAGAAGUGCCAAAAAAUGUGAUAAAGAAGAAAAAACAGAAAAAGCCAAAAUCAAAAAGGCAAUUCAAAAAGGUAACACAGAAGUAGCAAGAAUACAUGCAGAAAAUGCAAUCCGGCAAAAGAAUCAAUCCAUCAACUUUCUGCGAAUGAGUGCCAGAGUGGAUGCAGUGGCGGCGCGAGUUCAGAGUGCAGUUACAAUGGGCAAGGUAACCAAAUCUAUGGCAGGAGUUGUCAAAUCCAUGGACAUCACCUUAAAAAGUAUGAACCUGGAAAAGAUUUCUGCCCUAAUGGAUAAAUUUGAACAUCAGUUUGAAACAUUAGAUGUACAGACCCAGCAGAUGGAGGACACGAUGAGCAGUACCACAACCCUAACCACACCACAGCAUCAAGUGGAUUCAUUGCUGCAGGAAAUGGCUGAUGAAGCUGGUCUUGAUUUGAAUCUGCAGCUUCCUGAAGGCCAAAUGGGAUCAGUUAGUAGCAGUGUGGCAUCUGCAGAACAGGAUGAUCUUUCCCAAAGACUUUCAAGGCUUCGAGAUCAAGUGUAAAGAUGAGAAAACAUUUGGCCUUAAUACUUUGGGAAUUAUGUAUAAUCUUCCAUUUUUUUUGGGUGGGGGGGUAAAGUGUGGUUAUAAUAUAUUGAUAUUCUUUUGUAGUUUAGUCACUGGUAUGCUGUCACCAGGAAUGUCCAUGUUCAGAUGUAAACCUAGAAGAUGGUUAAUGCAUUAAAUAAUCCACACAGCUUCCUCCAUUUCACUUAUUGCCUGGUAUAAACUGGGAAUCUUAUUUUAUGGGAGGGGUGGGGAAAGUUCAGGUGCACUUUUCUAUUUGGAUGAUGUAGUCUACCAUCUCUGUGGUGAGACAUAUUCCUCUCUAAAAUAUAGUACAAUUUUGCUGUUAACCAUUGUAUCUUAAUUGUUCAGAUUGCAUCACAUGAAAAACAAUGUUUGGAUUAAAAGAUGAUUGAAAAUAUUUUUUGUACUAUGAUAUCCUAUUUUUACCACACUUUUUCACAAAGUUUUAUUUUAAUCUGCUUUUAAUUUACCUUGUGAACAACUGUGACUCUAAUUGUUUGAAUAUUCUCCAACUGUUAUAAAAUUUAAUCUAUUUAAGGAGUCUGAACAAAACUUUUGAGAGAUAUAACCUCGCUAGGGAGGGGUAUAAAAUAAGUUCUGUUGUACUAAAUCUCCUGAUGAUUGCACACUGAUUGCAGGGCUAGUGUAUCUUUAAGGUUUACAUGUUAGUAUGAUUUUUUUGUUAAUUUUGGAUUUCUUCCGCUGUACUCUGACCUUACAAUUAAAGGUUCUUU